CGGACCGAAUCCAGCCGGGUUCAACCGGCGCGCGGCCCUAACUCGCUGGCCCCCGCUGCCGAGCCUAAAAACGCCCUUCCGGAAGCUUUCGCUCCCAGUAAAAUGGCGGAAAGCUAGGGUUUUUGAGAGAAACCGUCGAACCCUAGGGUUCUCUCGUCUUCUUCCCCCCCUCUCCCCCAUUCUUCUCCAUGCCAAUGGCGAGAAACCAAGACGUUCGAUUCGUGUCUUCCUCCGUUAAAAUUCCUCACUCUUCGAUCGCCCACCCCGUUCCCCUCCUCUCUACCCUCCCCUUCGCUCGCCACCAUCUCUCCUUCCAUCUUGACCGAGCUACGGAUGCGAUACGUGGCUUCGUGGCAUCUCUUCCCAACCGAUGGAGGCCCAACUUUCUCCGCUGGUCCUCCCUCGCCGUGGCGCGGGCGGAGGCGGAGGCGGAGGCGAACCCCCGGCGGCAUGGGAAGGAGGGUGAGGAGCGGGUCCUGAUCAGCGAGGUGCUGAUUCGGAACAAGGAUGGGGAGGCCCUGGAGCGGGCAGACUUGGAGGCGGCCGCCGCCGCCGCGCUGAAGUCGUGCCGGCCCAACUCGGCGCUCACUGUGCGGGAGGUGCAGGAGGACGUGCUCCGGAUCAUCGAGAGCGGGUUCUUUUGGUCGUGUAUGCCUGUUGCCAUCGACACCCGGGAUGGGAUCCGGCUGGUCUUUCAGGUAGAACCAAAUCAGGAGUCCCGAGGAUUGAUUUGUGAGGGUGCAAAUGUUCUUCCUUUAAAGUUUGUGGAGGAUGCAUUUCGUGAUGGAUAUGGAAAGAUAGUCAACAUAAGGCAUCUGGAUCAAGUGAUCAAAUCCAUCAAUGGCUGGUAUUCGGACCGUGGGCUAUCUGGUUUGGUUUCAUAUGCUGAGAUUCUUUCAGGAGGAAUCCUUAGGUUGCAAGUCUCUGAAGCCGAGGUUAAUAACAUCAUCAUUCAGUUCCUUGAUAGAAGGACCGGUGAACCAACUACAGGGAAGACAAGGCCAGAGACUAUACUUCAGCAACUGACAACAAAGAAAGGACAGGUAUACAGUAGACUCCAAGGAAAAAGAGAUGUUGAGACAAUACUAACAAUGGGAAUUAUGGAAGAUGUUACAAUUAUUCCUCAGCCUACUGGAGAUCCAUGCAAGGUUGAUUUAGUAAUGAAUCUUGUUGAGCGUCCUAGUGGUGGUUUCUCUGCAGGUGGUGGAAUUUCAUAUGGGAUCACAAAUGGCCCUCUUGCAGGAUUGAUUGGAAGCUUUGCAUAUUCGCAUAGGAAUGUUUUUGGUAGGAACCAAAAACUCAACCUUUCAUUAGAAAGGGGGCAAAUUGAUUCAAUAUUUCGCAUAAAGUAUAUUGACCCAUGGAUCCAAGGAGACAAUAAGAGGACAUCUAGAACAAUCAUGAUUCAGAAUUCUCGGACUCCGGGAUCACUUGUUCAUGGGACGAUCCGAUCUGCUCGUGGUGGCCUCACAAUUGCACGUGUUACUGCUGGAAUUGAGUAUAGUCAACCUGUCAGGCCCAAGUGGAGUGGAACACUUGGGCUUAUAUUUCAGCAUGCUGGUGCUCGUGAUGAUAAAGGCAAUCCCAUAAUCAGAGACAUUUACAACAGUCCAUUAACUGCAAGUGGCAAUGCUUAUGAUGACAUGCUAAUUGCAAAGUUUGAAGGUGUCUAUACAGAUUCUGGUGAUCAUAGCUCCUCAACAUUUGUGUUCAACAUGGAACAAGGACUUCCUGUUCUUCCUGAGUGGUUAUGUUUUAAUCGAGUGAGUGCUCGUGCUAGGCAAGGGUAUGAGAUUGGGCCUGCUCGACUUCUUUUAAGUGUAUCCGGAGGCCAUGUUGUUGGAAAUUUUCCGCCUCAUGAAGCAUUUGCUAUUGGUGGGAUAAACAGUGUCAGGGGUUAUGAAGAAGGUGCUGUGGGUUCUGGUCGCUCAUACAUGGUCGGUAGUGGAGAAAUCUCCUUUCGCAUGUUUGGGCCAGUAGAAGGCGUGCUAUUUGCAGACUAUGGAAAUGAUCUUGGUUCAGGCCCUACAGUGCGUGGUGAUCCGGCUGGAGCAAGGGGAAAACCUGGGAAUGGUUGUGGCUUUGGGGCUGGCAUUCGUGUCGACUCGCCCCUAGGGCCUCUGCGCCUAGAAUAUGCGUUUAACGAUAAACUUGCAAGCAGGUUUCACUUUGGAGUUGGCUAUCGCAACUAAUUCAUUCCCUUUCUCCUUUGGACCUUCGGAUCUAUGCGAAAUUAUUUUAUGGUGUUAGUUUUUCCAGCGAUUCAGGUAUCAUUAUCACACCUUCAGGAAAAUAUAUCGCAUUGAUUUUUCUGGCUCCAGGGCUGUAUAUGGGACUUGUCGUAGAGCAUAUAUAUUUGCAGUCUUUCUUUCAUCGGCCUCGUACGAGCAUGAAGCUGUUUUUUUUGAGGAAUUUUGUGCCUAGAGCAAGACAUGAGAAGGCUUGUAAUGUUAUGUAUAGAUAUUUCAAAUUUUGGAUCAUGUACCUCAGCAGGCUUUAUAUCUCCCAAUCAUAUUUUAGAUGAUUUAUAAUUUCGGUCAUACGUAAUGGAAUCAUUUAUCUCUGAUUCCUAAAAUAGAAAUUCUGGGUGGUUUGUACAUCUGCUAAAGUCACUGAGGUCCCGGAAGUUCCAUUCCCGUUUGAAAGUUACCAUUUAUUGCCUAUUUUGGUGCUGUGCAUGUAGUAAGAAUUCUUUCGUUUUGAGUAAUCCUAAUUAUGUACUAGCCUAAGCUGAGGUUAUUGGCA